UAAUGUGGCUUUGAACCAGUUGAGGUCUAUAGACAAAUGAAACGGAAGUAAUGAACAUAUUGCACAACAUUACCAAAGUUUCGAAAUAAUUUUUUGAGGUAUACCGAAAUUGGUUCAACCAGUUGCGGACUAGCAAUGUGACACGGAAGUAUUGUAAAACAGAUAUAUCACUUUUCGAAAGUUUCGAAAUGAUUGUAUAAGGAAAAUAUGUAUAUGACAAAUAGCUAAAAACAAUAGACCCGGAAAUUUAAGAAGUAAAGCCGUUAAAUAGUCACUUUUAUUCGUUUUAGGUAAAGAUUAAAAAUGACAUAUUAUCAUUUAUUUUUCACUUAUUUAUUUUACUUACCGUUUUCAAACUCUGCAUUAUAUAGCAACAAGUUUUUAAUGAAAGCUGAUGUAACGGCUGAUGAGGCUAAAAGCAUCGCUGAAACGUACGGAUUCACUUUUCAUAAACAGGUAUUACAAGGUUAUUAUGUCAUAAAAAGAGCCGAUGUGAAAGAUAAAACGACUAUCAGGUCUAACUGGAAAUCGGAUGCAAUGAGGAAGGAAUAUCCACAGAUAAAAUCGAUCAAACAGGAAAGUUAUUUGGAAAUGACUGCUCAUGCUGUUGAGUCUGUAUCAAAGACAUCUACGCAGUUUUCUGUUACCGACACGUAUUGGCCAAACAUGUGGCAUCUGCAUCCGGAUAGGAAACCAAACAUGGGAGUGUACAAUGCUUGGUGUAGAGGUUACACGGGUAAAGGCGUCACUUUGGGCUUCAUUGACCAUGGAAUUGAUCUGUCACAAAAGGAUUUACAACGUAACUAUGUCCCAGAACUUGCUUACGAUUAUUUGGACGAUGAUGAUGAUCCAUUGAUGAACUACACAGCUGAUGAAUCAAGCCAUGGCACACAAUGUGUUGGAACUGCUGUUGCAGAGAAAAGCAAUAACCACUGUAUUAUAGGCAUUGCAUACGAGGCAAAAUUCACAAAUUUGAGAAUAUUCGGUAAAAAUGAAUCAGCAACCUAUUCGGAUGAUGCUCUUGCUUUCACCCAUCGUCUAGACGACAUUGAUGUUUACAGCAAUAGUUGGGGACAAAGUGACACAUUAUCUGGCUUCCCUGGAACCCAAACAGUCAUAACAGAUGCUUUCCGGAAUGGUGUGUACAACGGACGUGGAGGUAAGGGUGUAAUCUAUACAUUCAGUUCUGGUAACGGGGGUGCACUGCAUGACUGUAACACUGAUAUAUUUAACAGCAACAUUUAUACAAUCCCUGUAAAUAGUGUGGCGUAUGAUGGAAGUCCAGCAGACUAUGCAGAGUCGUGCACAGCAAUCAUGACAAGCGCCUACGGUGGCUCUGUUGGUUCGGAGGGUGGAAUUACAACAACGGACAGCAACAAUGUCUGUACAACAACUUUUGCUGGCACAUCUGCGGCCUGUCCAAUGGUUACUGGAAUUAUAGCACUGACUCUUCAGGCCAAUCCAGAACUGACAUGGAGAGAUAUUCAACAUCUUAUUGUUGAAACAGCAACAACCUCCGGUCUGAAAGAUGGAUCGUUUGUAACCAACGGCAGUGGCAGAAACGUGAGCCUAUUCUAUGGUUUUGGACUUAUUAACGCAGACGCAAUGGUUUAUAAAGCUUUGACCUGGAAAACUGUACCAAAGUUAUGGCAUAACAGUACACAUAGCCUCGUGGAUAGACGAAGUUAUUUCUACACUAUUCGGAGUUCCAGUAUAUUCCGAUCCAAGAUAUCACACACUGAAAAAGUUAGGAUUUGGAUUAAGUUUCUAGCAUCUUAUUCUGCAUCCGUUUACUUUAUUCUCACCUCUCCUUCUGGCACUGUAAACAGACUGCUCAGGGAACAGAUUUAUGGCUCCCGUCGGACCACAACAUGGACAGCCAUAACAGUACAUUGUUGGGGAGAAAAUCCAAAUGGAAACUGGACAUUAAGUAUGGCGAGCCGAGGGGGAUUUGUUUUUCAUCAUCUGUAUGAAUGGAAGUUAUAUGUUUACGGAACACUAUCUGAUCCGUUGCAAGAUAAACAAAAAGAUGGGUACCUUGGUUCAAGCUGCAACGAAACAUAUUGCUGGCAACCACAUUCUGUUUGUAAUGAUAAGUCUAAAAUAUGUGAAUGUGAAUACGGCAACAUAAAUGGAUUCUGUAUAAAGGAUGGUGACAUAGGAGCGACGUGUGGACGAACAAAGCAUUGCACAAAAGAAAAUGCAAUAUGUAGCAAUAUGACUGACACGUGCGAAUGUAAAGUAGGGUACCGUGCCUUAAAUAGUAAAUGUAUUAAAGAUGGAGACUACGGUGGCAAAUGUUUGAUGAAUGGAACAUGCACUGGCAGUGACAUUGUAUGCGACACAUAUCUGGAAACUUGUGUAAAAUGCAGCAGCAAUUCUAACAAAAUCGGAAACAAGUGUAGGAAAGUUGGAUUUGUCGGCGGAAAAUGCUUCUCAAAUAGCAGUUGUUUCGAUGAUGGAGCAUUUUGUGACAAUAGUAACAAUACAUGUGUCAUUUGUUCAAAAUACCAUACUGCAAUAGACGGAAACUGUAUUAAAGAUGGAAGUUUAGGUGGUUAUUGCAACCGGUACCGUUUCUCAACAGUAACAUGUUACACACCACAUACACAUUGUAAUCGUACUACAUAUAAAUGUGAAUGCCGGAGUGGCUUGAAUGAAUCCACUGGAGCUUGCAAAAAUGUCGGUUUUGUCGGUGGACAGUGCUUAUCAGAUAGCAGCUGUUUUGAUUAUGGCGCAUAUUGUGACAGUAGCAACAAUACAUGUAUCAUUUGUCCGAGAUACCACAGGGUAAUAGACGGAAAUUGUGUUAAAGAUGGAAGUUUAGGUGGUUAUUGCAACCGGUACCGUUACUCAACAGUUACAUGUUACACACCACAUACACAUUGUAAUGGUACUACAUAUAAAUGUGAAUGCCGGAGCGGCUUGAAUAAAUCCACUGGAGCUUGCAAAAAUGUCGGUUUUGUCGGUGGACAGUGCUUAUCAGAUAGCAGUUGUUUUGAUUAUGGCGCAUAUUGUGACAGUAGCAACAAUACAUGUAUCAUUUGUCCGAGAUACCACAGUGUAAUAGACGGAAACUGUGUUAAAGAUGGAAGUCUGGGUGGUUAUUGCCGUUUCUCAAGAAUAUGUUACACACCAUAUACACAUUGUAAUCGUACUACAUAUAAAUGUGAAUGCAGGAGUAGCUUGAAUAAAUCCACUGGAUCUUGCAAAAAUGUCGGUUUUGUCGGUGGUCAGUGCUUAUCAGAUAGCAGUUGCUUUGAUGAUGGCGCAUAUUGCGACAGUAGUAACAAUACAUGUGGCAUUUGUCCGAGACCCCACAGUGUAAUAGGCGGAAACUGUGUUGAAGAUGGAAGUUUGGGGGGUUAUUGUCAUUGGUUAAUAAUCUGUUACGAACCACAUACACGUUGUGACCAUACUACAAACAAAUGUGAAUGUCGGAGUGGCUAUAAUAAAUCCAAUGGAUCAUGCAAAAGGGCCGGUAAUGUUGGCGGAAAAUGCGUAUCAAAUCGCAUAUGUUUCGCAGAUGACGCAUUUUGUGACAGUAGUAACAAUACAUGUGUCAUUUGUCCGAGAUACCACACUGGAAUAGAUGGACACUGUGUAAAACAUGGCGAAAUUGGCGGUUGGUGCCUUCAGAACGGCACGUGUUCCUCUAUAAACACCUUUUGUAACAAAAGAAACAACACGUGUGUCAACUGUCCACAAAAACAGCAUGUGAUAGAUGGCAAAUGUAGGAGAGACGGCAGUUUAGGGGGUUACUGCAUAUACUCUUGCAACUCAAUGAGAACUGUAUGUAACGGACGCACGAACAGAUGUGAAUGUCGACGUUUAUAUAAGAAAUCAGGGAGAAAAUGUGUCCGCAUUGCCGACGGGCAACCUGGAGGACGGUGCUUAUCGAACCGAACUUGCGGCCCCUGGAACACUGUUUGCAACACAUUUAACAAUACGUGUGAAACGUGUCAUAAAUACCAUCGUUGGAUAAAUGGCAAAUGUGUCAAAGAUGGAACAUCAGGAGGAAAGUGUUUACAUAAUAAUACAUGUACUGAGUCAAGUACUGUUUGUUCUAUAACCAAUAACACGUGUAUAAGAUGUCCAGAGAAACACCGUGUAAAUAAAGGCAAGUGUGUAAGAGAUGAUGAGACUGACGAAAUGUGUUUGUUAAAUCAAACUUGUGUAGAGGUCAAUACUAUUUGCGACAUAACAAGAAACAUUUGUGUCAAGAAUUCAAAUACUCACCGGGAAGUUGACAAAAAAAUAGUUAGUUUGGGAACUUUGGCAAUACAAGUAAUUGCAUCAAUUGCAGCAAUGGCAGGCGUAAUCGUUAUAAUGCAUUACACGUGUUUUCGUGGGCGAAAUGGACAUCUACACAACAGACCUGUACAUGUGUAACAAUUUAUAUGCUUAAAAAUCUGAGAGUUGUACAUAAUGUUUCUUUGACGUUUACAAGUAUACCUACUUACCAGCCGCACAUAAAUAUGUAGAUCGAGUGCAACAUGGCAGGAAGUAACUCAAAUUCUGAAAACGUUUCAUCCUUAUAUUCAAAUAAAGUUAUGCGAAUAUGUAAAUUGUUUGUUUUCAUAAUUGUUUUCGUAUCUUUGUUCGUACAUGCGGUAUCAUUUAUAUAAUAAAAUCUAUCAGAAGACCAUUUGGAAGCGUGGAACAAAACCAACCAAAGUAGUAGUAUAUUACGUUUGAUCGAAAACAUAAAAUUACUCGGAAAAGCGAAAUAAGUAAUUUCUUUGUCAUUUUCAUUUUCCAUGUUAUUUUUAUCCGUUAAGUAUACGAGUUGUUUAUGUACUGCGGAAUAGGAAUGUUGCUGUUAAUAAUGUUAUAGACAAAAGCUAAGUAAAUUAGAUUAACCCAAUUAUCUUAAAAUAUUUAAUACUGUCACAGUGUCAGAAAAUAAAGAAAAUGCAAGUAAAAGCUUUCGAAAUGUAAAAAGUAUUUAUGAGAUAGAAAACAUGUCAGUAGACGAACAUAGCUUAAUGCAAAUUGUACAGCUGCCAAAUGCGGCAUUCAUAGAACCGAAUAUUUACACUUGUGCUUUUAAACAAACAUUAUAUAAGAAAACAGAAUAGCAAUAACGUGUGAUAUACGAAAGUUUUAAAGAAACGUUUAGCUGAAUUUAAAAUGCAUUAUAUGUUGAAUUAAUCUAAACCAAAAAUGUAUUUGAAACUACUCAAAAACCGUAUUUGCUGAAUUGUCCGAUUUGUAUGACUGUGCAUGUAUAUGCUGCAGUAAACGAUAAUUCUACCGAGAAUGCAGUUUAUAACACGGACUUUUUAUGAUUUAGACGAUGGCGUGUUGAAUUAUGUUAUCACAAGGAAUGAAAUUGUAAAACGUUAAAGCAUGAGGCGUCAAUGAUGCACUACUAACAUAUCAAAAGUGCUUUACCUGUUUUGAAGCACGUAUGUGUAUGAUUAACUUUUCAAUAUGAUAUCAAACCAUGGUGUUAUAUGAGAAAACCGGAUGAUAUGUGUUAUUAACCCUGUAUAUAAAAAUAAAUGUGUUGCUUUGGAAUCCUUGAUAUUAAAAGCCUGUUCCUUAGCUGUGCUACCCAGGAAAACUAUUUGAUUUAAAAAAAGAAUAAUCUGCAGAAAUCUAUUGCAAACUAUGAUCUUAUAAAAAUCAUUUACAUGAGCUUUUAGUGAAUAAUAAACUAGCAGGAGAUGUACCUUGUAACAAACACGAUUUAGAUGCUACUUUGGUAGACCAUUAAAAAAAUUCAUGAUCAAAUGAUAUUAUGAUGACGACACAGUUAUUUUCACAGAAAUUGGAAAUGAUUAGUAGAGAAUUUAUGAGAAAUAUAUUGUAAAAAGUUGAAACUUAAAUUAAAUUCAUCAAACUAUUUUAUUCAAUGGUGGACGGAAUAAAUAAAAUCUAUAAGAAGAUCCUUUGAAAGCAUAGCAUGCAACCAAGCAAAAUAAUAGCAGACUUGGUUUGACUGAGUCUGUUCAUGAGAGGUAAUAGAAAACACAAUACCUCUCACAUCGCCUGGCACUGGCUUAAGCGGAACUCUAUUACAUAUGUUUUGAAUGGACUCCAUGAUCCCAAAAUGACCAGAAAAUAUAUCAACAAUGAGUCCAAGUACGGGGAGACUUUUUACAGCCGCCACACGGCAAAGAUUAUUGUUGUGAUAGUUAAUAAAAUCUGUACAUAUUUCAGAACUGACAGAAAUGGUUCUUUCGUAAAACUAAAACACACAUUGCGAAGCAAGAAACAAAAGCUAUGAAUUUUCUUAUAAAAAAGCAAAACCGUUUGUUUACUUAUUGUAAUGUUGAUAAAAUAUUGUUUAACUAUUAAACCUAUUGUUUUAAAAUUUGGGCCAUGAAAAUAUACAGAGUUAGCGUGUUGUACUUUGAAUUGUCUUGUUUAUGUUCAACCACUGUCUGUUGGUAUUUAAGCGAUAGUUAUAUCCUUUUCUUGGCAUAUAGGAGGAUGUUAUUCAAUAACAGCCAUGCAAAUUUGCUACGUCACUUUAAUAAAGUUUUCACUGCAUUGCAAAUAUUGAAAAUAUUACUGCUUCCUGUUGACUAAUUAAUGUAUGGAAAAGAAUGAAUUUCAAAACAUCAAAUGACGUACAUUAACUGCAAAACAGAAACCGUCUUAUUAGUUUGUUAAUGGAUGGUAUUAAGACAAAGUAAACAAUUAUAGACUUUUGAGUGCACUUAUGGACUUGGACUUUUGAAAGAUACUUAGGUCAAAUUCUAAAUAUUUUACGUAUAUGUCAAUAGAUGGGAGAGCGAUGCCCCGAUUAUUGCAAGGGAGCUAUUGUCUUCUGCCAUGGCCAUUAUCAUUCAAAGGGACCACUCUCCCAUGUAUAUAUUUCCUUAUCUAUCAUAUAGUAAGAAAAGUUUGUCAUUUUUACUGGUACUAGCACCUCCUAACAUAAUGUUCAGCCUUUUUGAAUAGGCUAGAAGAUUCAAGAAUUCCAGUUUUUAUUUUACGUUUUACAAUGUAAAUGAAACAGUAUAAAAAUCAAAUGUCUUUACAGUUGUACUUUGCUGCUUCUAGUAUAGUUCUAGAUUAAGAACAAGUUAUUAUCAGAUAAUAAAACGAUAACUGGACUAUGAGCUGUUUCCUGUAUUAAACGUCAUGACGUCAUUUCUGUUUACGGGAGUAACUUUUCCUCUCUGACGUCA